AUGACAAGAGCGCUCCUACCAGCUUGCUUCCUUGCGUGCAUGACAAGCUGGGCCAGAGCUCAGUACUCAGCAAGGCUGGAAGACAAUGGAGGUCAUUUCCGAUCUGCAACCAUGCACUGGGAGGUCGUGUCUAACAACACAGUCAAGCUGACGAUCGAGAGCGCGUGGAGGAGAGACUAUGGCAGCGCUUACUGGAAGGGGUCGGGGGCAGACGGGCUGGCGAUUACAGGAGACUUUAUCUUCCUCAACGGCCGGCAAUGGCCGAUAGUGAGCUACGGCGAUACAUCAUUGACUAGCGGAGACUUCGUGAAGCUAGAGGUCUGUGCUGCGCUGCCCUCCGUUGUCCUAUGCUUUCCUUUCCUGUCUGGCUCCUACACCUCAGUAUCCUGCAAUGUUUCUCUUCCCCCCCCUCCCCCCACCCUGUUCCUCGUCCUCGUCCUCGUCCUCGUCCUCGUCCUCGUCCUCGUCCUCGUCCUCGUCCUCCCGUCUUCUUCUCCUCAUGAUAGCACUCCUCCUCCUGCUCACUGUCUGCUCUUCAAGGUACUGGGGUACUCCAUACCCAACAACUGGAUCUUUGGGAGGUCCAUCCUCUACCACACGUACCCAUCCCCCAACAAUCACGGCCAGCCAUGGCUGAUAUCAUUCACCGGUUGCUGCAAACUUUCACAGGACGCACCAUGGAGUGUGGAGGCAAACGUUGACCUGCUCAAGUACCAAGACAUGUCUAUCACAACUGAGAGCGAUGGCAAGGUUGUCAUCACGUUCUCGGAGAUCUCUUAUCAAGAAAGCGCCAGGAAUGGAAAGUUCUACUCGAUCAAGGUUAAUGGAAGCACCUCGGAUGGAAUCUUUGUGCAGGCAGAUUUCUUGAUCAGAAUUCAGAUCAACCCUCUGAUCAGCAUGCCAAAGAUCGCCUUCGGACACACCUUCCUCAGCAAUCUCCCAGCUGGGCCCAACGUGAGUCUCUUCUGUCUCGCCGCUGUCAACCAGACUUUGUCAGGAACGCGAGACCCGGUUCAUUUCUGGCCGGAAGCCUCUUAUAAGGGAUACGUCGGAUUCCUGAUCAACUACACCAUCAUUGGACAGGCUCCCACCAUCACUGAUCGCAUUUCGUUCGACCUGGUUGGCCUCCCGGACUAUGCCCAGCUGUCCGUGACGAGCGGGAACAAUCCAGCAGAGAUCGUGACGCCGUGUGCCGGUCAGGCAGGACGAGUUGUGAUCUGCUACGAGGCAGUGAGCAG